AUGGUGCAGGAACAAUACACGAGGGCCGGGCUGCCGGGACUCCUGCAGCAGGACGUCUCGGCCAAAGCAGGGAUUCUGGUGCUGAGAAGGACAGGCAUUUUAAGGAUGCACCACUUAUCGACCAGUCACUGCUCAGUGGCACAGGUGGAGCUGCGGACUGGCCUGGUAUACCUGGUCUCGGCGUACUUCCAGUACAGCGAGAACAUUCAAUCACAUAUAAGCCACCUAGAACGGGUACUGGAAGCGCUGAAGGGGGAACCGGUCAUUAUCGCGGUGGAUACCAACACCCACUCAAGUUUGUGGCCUAGCGGGGAGGAGCAGCUGAGGGGGCGCGGCAGGGCAGCCGAGGAGAGGCGGGAGGCUCUUGAGGCCUUCAUUCUAGCGAAAGGCUUCAUAGUAUACAAUUCGGAAGGAGAGGCGGAAACCUUCUGCUCGCCGAAUGGUGCGUCCAACAUCGACGCAACUCUCAGCACCAGAAGCGUGAAGAUCGGCGACUGGCGGGUACACGAAGACGUCAGCACAAGCGACCACAGGCUGAUUACCUUUGCGGUGCUAGGCACGCGUCUUGGGGGGGGGGCGAAGUGUGGACGAGGAGCCUGCGAGGUUUCGGGACCGCGGUGUGGACUGGGCGGCAUUCAGAUCGGACCUCUCGCUGCGCGUGGGGAGCAUAUCCUUUCAAGCGACGCACUAUGGGGUAUUAGAAGCAAAAAAACGGUCAAAGGUCGAAAUCAAAAUUUGUACCCAAUUAGUAAAUGA